AUGAGGUCCCUCAUUCAAUACGCCGGCCUGUUGGGUCUCGUCUCUGGUGCACGAUUGCCAAUCCGGCAAACACCACCUUCAUAUACACCUCCUCCUCCACCGUCAUACUCACCCGCACCACCUUCAUAUCCAUCGCACCCACCUACGGUGACCGUCAAGAAUGGAACCAUCCAAGGACUGCACAGUUCAGACUACAACCAGGACUACUUCCUCGGAAUUCCAUUCGCACAACCUCCUGUUGAUGGCCUGCGUUUCCGCAACCCACAGAGCAUAAACACUACCUUUGGAGAGACGUUUGAAGCUACUGAAUACGCUCCUACAUGCUUCGGAUACGGUGGCGAUCAAAUCGGCUAUCCGCAGUCAGAAGACUGCUUAUACCUCAACGUUGUUCGUCCAUCUGGUUAUGAGGAUCAAGAGCUUCCAGUCGCUGUGUGGAUCCACGGCGGUGGCCUGUACCAAGGUUCAUCUCAAGACAAGCGGUACAACCUCACUUUCAUCGUGGAGAACAGUGUGAAGAUUGGAAAACCGAUUAUCGGAGUGAGCAUUGGUUAUCGAUUGGCUGUCUGGGGUUUCCUUCAAUCUGCUGAGAUCUCCGCAGCUGGUCAAACAAACAUGGGACUUCGCGAUCAACGUCUCGCUUUCCACUGGAUUAAUGAGAACAUCAAAGCUUUCGGCGGAGACAAGGACAAAGUGACCAUCUGGGGAGAGUCUGCCGGUGCAGCUUCAGUCGGCUGGCAUAUCACCGCCUACAAUGGACGUGACGAUGGUUUGUUCCGAGCAGGUAUCAUGCAGAGUGGCAACCCCGUCAACUACGGAGGCUACUACAACGUCUCGCACUUUCAGCCAAGAUACGACGCUCUAGUUAGCGCAGUCGGAUGUAACGGAACAGACUCACUCGAGUGCAUGAGGAGUUUGCCAGUGGAGGUCUUCACAAAGGCAAUCAACGCGACGCCAAGCCUGGCUCAAGGAUACAACCCAAUCAUCGACGGCGACUUCAUCCAACGACCCGCAAGCCAUCAACUCGCCGACGGCUCCUUCGUCCACAUUCCCAUCAUCGACGGCACAAACACAGACGAAGGCACAUCUUUCGGUCCCUCGGUCAACUCCACCGAACAAUUCUUCGCCUGGCUCACAAACAACACCGCUUCCAACAGCCUCUACCUGACCCCGGAACUCGCACAAGAAGUCCUAGAAGUAUACCCCAACAUUCCCUCCUACUGGAUCCCCGAAGCUACCGAAGCAGCCCCCAUCACCAAUACUUCGACCGAGCAGCUGAGGAGAGCAGCGGCUUAUGGAGGUGAUGUUAGUAUGAAUGCCAAUCGCCKAGGCGCGUGUGAGGCGUGGGCGAGGGAGGGGUUGGAUGCUUAUAGUUAUCGAUUCGAUACCAUCCCCGCGGGAUUGCCAGCUUUUGUGGGAUCUACGCAUUUCCAAGAGGUUGCAUUUGUCUUCGACAACACCGAUGGUCUAGGCUAUGAUGCGGCGCACGGAACCAUCAACCCCUUCAACGAUGGCCAACAAAGCUACUUUGACCUCGCGGAACUGAUGAGCUCGAGCUGGGCAAGCUUCAUCCACGACCUAGACCCCAAUAACUUCAAAGGAAGAUAUGCGGGCGCGGACCCUUGGCCCAAGUAUUCUUUGGAGGAGCCGAAGAAUAUGGUUUGGCAGGCUAAUGUUACUGAGAAGUUGGGGUAUGCCGAGGACGAUGUGUAUAGGAAGGAGGGUAUUAAGUGGAUUUUGGAGCAUGCGGAGGAUUAUCGACGAUAG